UCGAAGCCGUUCGAGAUGUUUGCCGUUUGCAUUAAGGUUCGUCGGUUUUGCAGCCCAUAACGGCACUACUGGAACCAGUCAGAACCAUUACAAAACCGGAGAUCUAAAUUUGGUUCAGCUCAUUUGUCUGCUAUUCGUGCGUUCGCUGAUUUUAUUCAAACUGGGUGCAUCCAAGUGUGCGCAAUAUUUUUGCAAAACAUGGUCGGACUAAUUGGUUCCAAGAAAUCCCUCACGCUUCUACUUCUGCUCUUUUUGGCCUAUUGUGAUGCGAAGGCGAUUGACGCGCUUAAGGAUGACCCAAGUACGACUCCUUGUCCAGAAGAACUGAAUGAAGCGACCACAACAGUGCAAGCAACAGAAGAAGAAACCGAAAGGUCAACAGCUCAGGAGGUCACCACUUUGUGUCCGGAGGAAUUGGAAAAAAGGCGACAAAAUGAGUUGAUUAGCAACAACGAUAAAUUGGCAGAAAAAGUCACUGAAAAGUUACCGGAAGACGCUGAAAUUAAAUACGACAGCUCUAAAGAAAUUGCUGAAGAUGUUACCACUGAAUGUCCCGAAGAACUUGAAAAACGACGAUUUGAAGCCAAUUCGUCCAGUUCAAAGCAGGAUUCCUCAAUAGCUUCAGAGAAUAGUGAACAAAAUGACGAAGAGCAACGAUAUGAAGUAGAUUCCAGUGCAAACGAAUCUGGUGUUGAAGUUGCUGAAACCACGAUUUGCCCAGAGGAGGCAGCUGAAAGGCAAACCAAGGACAAACCGGUUGAAGAACCGGAUAGAGAAGCAGAUGAAGAAGGAUCGACAUCCAUAACAGAAUGCCCAGAAGAACUGGCCAAAAAGGAAGCUGAAAAGGAGGAAGAAAUUUCUGCACCUUCAGAAGUGGCCACCACUACUGAAUGUCCAGAGGAGCUGGCUAAAAGGCAACAACAAGAGAAGUCGCCGACUCUCAUUGAUCAGCUUCCGCAAGAACAUAAAUUGCAUCGAUUCUCCAGUUCAGACUUAGCUGAUAUCCAAACCAAAGAAAUCUCCGUUAAAACUCUACUGGGUGUCCAAAAAGACUCAGCUUUGCUGAAGGUGGUUAAAGAGCAAAUGAAGAACACGCUAGCAAAUCAAGAAGAAACUAUGCAUCGAACCAAAAGACAAACAGCUGCAGAUUACUCGCAAUAUUAUGCAAACCAACCAAGAUACGACUCGCAGGGACAAACAGCAAACUUGAAAGAAUCCUCUCAAAACUUCCAACCUUCUCAAUCGCAAUCCAACACUCAGAAAGCCUCGUAUAAUAAUGUGCGUACUUAUCAGCAAAUACAACGGCAGUAUCAGAACUACGUACCGAAAUCCUAUCAAAACAGUGUUAAGCCAGUAACGAGUUAUCAGAAUCCCAGCUUGUAUGUGAGACAUCCGAGUAACGGGAAUUUUAAAAACUACUACAAAGUGAAAAGUGGCGCAAAUCGACGACAAUUCCAAGCAAAUAGGCGACCCAGCAGCACCACUUUUAGGUCGACAACGAAAAGGGAGCUGAAGAAAAAAUUCAGGCCUUCGCCGGUCUUUGCUUAAAUUGGCAUCCUUAAGGUUUAGUUAUUUAUUAUGCGUUAUUGUGGGCAUUAUUUAUUACACAAAUGGGGAUUAUCUGUUGUAUGGGGAAUACUGAUUAAAAGGAUUUUAUUAGAUGUAAAA